AUGUCGGAACUUUCUCCAACACAUUCCAGUUGCGAGCCGACAAUUUUCACAACGCUUGUCCAUUUUCCAAACGCCAGCGAAAAAAUAAAAACCCAAGACUUUAUACAAGCUUCUUCCGCAGCAGUCGAUUUGAUAGCGCAAUUCGGAAAAGUGUUUGCAGCCGUAGUCAACGAUAUGAACGAAAAUAUACAAAAAGUCCUGUCUAUAUACGAGAAAGAUAAGGAACGCAACGAAGGCAACGAAUAUCUGGAAGAUAUGAUUUUGAAGGAGCAGAUAGAGGGAGAAAACAUUGCUACUGACUCUCUUAUGUGGCUGAAGAGAGAGCUUCACUUCGUAUCUCUUUUCUACCAGUAUGUAAUAGAGGACUCCCAAAACGAACGCGUUUCCAACGAUUUGGGCACGUUUUUGAAGAAGGCCUACGCCGAAACAUUGGAACCUUUCCAAGGCUGGCUCGGGAGUCAGCUCUUCAAUGUUCUCUCUAGAUUUACUCCCAACAGAAGGAAUCUCGUCUUCAUUUUAGGUUUGGAAAAACCCAACAGAGACCAAGACGUUAUGAGCGAUCUGUUGGGUUACAACAACAAUAUGAUGGCAUGCGUUCGAAGGUUGACAAAUUUCUACUCGGAGUAUGGAUUAGAGACUUUUGCUACUGUUUAG